GAUGUAAGUCGAUGUUUUCCCAGUUUAAUUAAUUAAAUGUGUGUGAAAACACACAACUGCACUGUCAAUCCCAUGCAACCUGUAUACUAAUGCACUUCCGCUUAUUGAGGAAAUUGGGGGUGUGUUUUCAAUUAAAAUUCUGUGAAAGAAAUCAAGUUCUGUUUUCAUACAAUGUUGAAAGUUGUUCGCUCCUUUCUUGGUCGACCACCAGUUGAACCACCAUUUGAACCACCACCUCGUAGUAGUCCAUUUUCUACUGCAGCUGGCGGACGCCAUUACCUGUGGAGGGGGUAUGGUCCAGGACGAGGGUCUAACGUCAUUGCUGUGUGGGAUCCAAGCACUGAGCUGUGGAACCUCCUGCCCACCUCUGGACCUCUACCCCCUGGAGAGUGGGGUGGUUGCUCUGUUUGUGUAGGUCAUUGCCUGUACACCUUUGGUGGUUAUGAUGAGUCUUCCUACUACAAUGACAUGAGCAAGCUUGAUCUGGACACUCUCCAGUGGACCAAAGUUCAAACUUCUGGUAGUCAACCUAUGAAAAAGCAUGGUUGUGGACUUGUCCAUGUGAAUGAAAGAACUUUGUGCUGCUUUGGAGGACUCGGUAUUAAGGGUCCCACACAACCAGGAUCAACAUUCACCAAGAGUGAAGCGGUUAGUGGAAGUGGACGAACAAAUGAGUUCCAUUUCUUUGACACACAAAAUGGUGUCUGGUCGUCCCCUGAGCUCAGAGGAGAGAGACCUCCUCCCUGUGAUGACUUCACCUUCACCAUGAUGGACCAGCACAGGGCAGUCUUCUUUGGAGGGUUCCAAUCUGACCGUAGGGUCAAUGAUGUCUACCUGUUUGACUUCAGGACCAUGGAGGUCACUAAGGUGAAGCCAGUACUGGAAGAGCCAUGGCCAGUGGAGAGGUUAGGCCAUGCUGCCUGUUGUCUCAACUAUGGCCAGGACCACCCUCAACUAAUGGUGUACGGAGGAGUGGGUAAUGGCAUCAAGCCACUGGGGGACAUGUGGAUACUUGAUGUUGACACUGGCAAGUGGACAGAGGUGACACCUCCUAAGUCAAUGACACCGCGUUACUACCACUCCAUCACUGCCACCAGUCUGGGACCAGGACUCACUGAUGACGUCCUCGUGUUUGGAGGCCAUUUGUAUACCUAUGAAAAUGUUGCUGACACCACCAUACUGAGAUUUGAGGCGACCGGACCUACAGCGUCUGUUGCUGGACUCUCGGCUGGGAAGUGGGCUCUCGUAGAUGUGGCCCACAACAACACUAGAGGCUCCGCCCAGCGACUGAGUAAAAAGAGGAUCAGACAAGCAACUGCUCGUGCCUCAUCAGUCAGUGAGACCAGCGACCACUCCUCUCAAGACCGGGUGAAGGCUCUGGAACAACAGUUACGAGCAGCACAGCAGAGAGAGCACGACACUCAACGUCGCCACCAACUACAGUUGCAAGAGAAGGAUCGUGAAUUAACUGAGGCCAACCAUCGUCAUGGAGAUGCGGAGGAAAGAGCACAGCUGGCAGAGCAAAGAGAGCAAGCUACACAAUUACUUUUGCAAGAAAAAUAUCGUGAAUUGGCUGAGGCCAACCGUUACCAUGGAGAUGCUGAGACGAGAAACCAAGCACUGAUUGCUGAAAUGGACCGAAUUCAAGAAGGUCUCCGAAGAUCUGACAGGAGAGCCCAGCUGGCAGAGGAGCGAGCAGAUGGUCUGGAAACUCAGUGGGUGGUCCAUCGCGAGGAGAUCACAAUGACAGAGAGACAGCUCGGUUGUGGAGGAUGGGGGGUCGUCAAAGUGGCCAAGUUCCGAGGAAUCAAGGUGGCAGCCAAGACACUGUACGAGCAGCUCAAUUCCGACUAUUACCGACACGUGUUUAUUCGUGAGAUGAACAUGGCGGCUCGUCUGCGACACCCACAUCUGGUCCAGUUCAUCGGAGCCACGCUGGAGGGGAAGAUGAUCAUCCUGACAGAGCUCAUGGCCACCAGUCUGAGGAGAGUGCUGGAGGGAGGUCGUAUCUCACGUGAACACAUCCUCUCCAUCUCUGUGCAGGUCUGUCAAGCCCUCAACUAUCUCCACCUCAUGCAGCCAGACCCAGUGAUCCAUCGUGACAUCAGCAGUGCAAACAUCCUCCUGAACCCUCUACCCAAUGGUCACUGGAGGGCAAAGGUCACAGACUACGGCUCGGUGAACACCCUGCGAGCAUUGGCGACAGAGAAUCCUGGUAAUCCAGUGUACGCUGCCCCUGAGGCAAUAACCCCAUCCCUCCAAUCAACCAAGAUGGACAUGUUCAGUCUGGGAGUGCUCCUGAUUGAGAUGUGUUCUGGCCAGUUUCCGAGUGAUGACGGACGUGAGCGCUUACUCCUUACCAUCCAAGACCGUCAGUUCUUUGACAUCAUCAGUCGAUGUAUCGAUAGAGAGAGAGACAAUCGACCAACCGCUCAACAACUGUUGAAUGAACUACAUUAGAACUGUGUUAAAAAUAAAUAAAUGAAAGCACCGCAGGUGCUGAUGCCUUGAUCGGUGGAGAUGCCAAAGCUACAUCACAUAAAGCCACUAAUAGCUUAAUUUUAUACACAUGAUGAACAUUUUUUAAUUUGCAUGCUGCAUGCAAACUCAAAUAGUGGGUAAUGAUUGACCAUGAUUUUUGUUAAAAACGAUCGAUGCCAAAGUUUAAUGGU